CUCCAACUGGCCAGCAGGUAGGAGGAAGGGAUCCCAUCCUGCCCUUCUUCUGGAAGAGCCAGAAAGGAAGUCAGAGUGGAAACCCCUUGGAAGAUGAUGGCCAUGAAGACCUGUUCUCUGCUCUUGGUGCUCUUGUUCCUGGCAGUGGGGCUGGGAGAAAAGGAAGAGGCUUUCUCCAGAUCCCAUGCGAAGGUUCCUGGCUCCCGACCUCUAGGACCAAGGUAUGCAGAGGGAACUUUCAUCAGUGACUACAGCAUUGCCAUGGACAAGAUCCACCAGCAAGACUUUGUGAACUGGCUGCUGGCCCAGAAGGGGAAGAAGAACAACUGGAAACACAACAUCACCCAGAGGGAGGCCCAGGCCCUGGAACUGGCUGGGCAAUCUCAAGGGAAUAAGGAGGCACCAGAGCAGCAGAGCUCCCUACCCAAGAACCCUGGUGAUGAAGAUCUACUAAAGGAGUUGUUGAUUCAAAAGCUGCUGGCCUGGAUGGUGGACCAGACAGAGCUCUGCACACUCAGGUCUCAGUGACCGACCAAACCCAGUUUCAAGAUUGGACUCUGCCCUUCACUUACUCAGCUCAGCUCUUGCCUCCGCCCUACUCCAGAGUCCCCAAGAGAAACCAAAC